CCUUCCUUCUAUCAUUCCCACAAGGCAGCAGGAGCAGAGAGCAGCCAUUGCUGUGUCUGGCAGCAGGAACUCCAGCUGUGGGGAACGGAGUCUUUAUUACACAUCACACGUUCUGUAUUCUCUCUGAUUCACCGAGGAUGGACAAAGACAUGAGUCACAGGACUGAGAGGAUAAUAAAUAUCGCCCAGGAAAUCAUCUACCUGCUGACUGGGGAGGUUUACACAAUAGUGAAGAAGACAUCCAAUGAGUAUGAGACACCCAGCAGCCAUCCCCCUGUAUCAGGAGGAUUGAGUAGAACCCAGAGCCCCAUCACGGUGCCUCCACCUCACUCACUGACACAUGAGAGACACAAUGAUCAGAAGAUCCUGGAACUCACCAAGAAGAUUAUUCAGUUGCUGACUGGAGAGGCUGAAGCCCAAUUAAAUAAUAUUAAAGUCAAAGAUACAGAGGGAGAAGAAGAGACGUAUGUGACUGAUAUGAAGGCAGAAGAUAUAGAGGGAGAAGAAGAGACUUAUGUGACUGAUAUGAAAGCAGAAGAUAUAGAGGGAGAAGAAGAGACGUAUGUGACUGAUAUGAAGGCAGAAGAUAUAGAGGGAGAAGAAGAGAUGUAUGUGACUGAUAUAAAGGCAGAAGAUAUAGAGGGAGAAGAAGAGACGUAUGUCACUGAUAUGAAGGCAGAAGAUAUAGAGGGAGAAGAAGAGACUUAUGUGACUGAUAUGAAGGCAGAAGAUAUAGAGGAAGAAGAAGAGACGUAUGUGACUGAUAUGAAGGCAGAAGCUAUAGAGGGAGAAGAAGAGACGUAUGUGACUGAUAUAAAGGCAGAAGAUAUAGAGGGAGAAGAAGAGACGUAUGUGAGGGGUUAUCAGCAGUGUAAGGAGGAGGAAAUCCCUACAGAUACCAGCACAGAUGGACACACAAGCAGGAAUAUCUCAGAAGGACAUCUAAUGUUAUCCCUGGAUUGUGACAUAAAAGAUAAUGACAGUAGACAGGAUUCUCCAGGAGAUAAUCCCAUUACCCCAAUUAUACAUCCAGCUCUAUCAGCUGAUCCCUCUGAUCCUGGGAAAUGUUCUCCUGAUCACUCUGAUAUUGGUGCAUCUGUUACAGCUCUGACAGUAGAUACAGUGUUUCCCUGUUCUAUAGAUGCCAAAUGUUUUACACAGAACACAAAGCCUAUUAACGCACACACAGGUAAGGCAGGUGAGAGGCCACUGAUAUGUUCAGAGUGCGGGAAAUGUUUUACACAAAAAUCACAACUUGUUACACAUCAGCAAAGUCACACAGGUGAGAAGCCAUUUCCAUGUUCUGAGUGUGGGAAAUGUUUUGCACGGAAAUUAAAUCUUGUUAGACAUCGCAGAAGUCACACAGGUGAGAAACCAUUUUCUUGCUCUGAGUGUAGGAAAUGUUUUACACGGAAAUCAGUUCUUGUUAUACAUCACAGAAGUCACACAGGUGAGAAACCAUUUUCUUGCUCUGAGUGUAGGAAAUGUUUUACACGGAAAUCAGAUCUUGUUAUACAUCACAGAAGUCACACAGGUGAGAAGGCAUUUCCAUGUUCUGAGUGUGGGAAAUGUUUUGCACGGAAAUUAGAUCUUGUUAAACAUCACAGAAGUCACACAGGUGAGAAGCCAUUUCCAUGUUCUGAGUGUGGGAAAUGUUUUGCACACAAAUCAGAUCUUGUUAUACAUCACAGAAGUCACACAGGUGAGAAGCCAUUUUCUUGCUCUGAGUGUUGGAAAUGUUUUACAAAGAAAUCACAUCUUCUUACACAUCAGAGAAGUCACACAGGUGCGAAGCCAUUUUCUUGCUCUGAGUGCGGGAAAUGUUUUACACGGAAAUCCCAACUUGUUACACAUCAGCAAAGUCACACAGGUGAGAAGGCAUUUCCGUGUUCUGAGUGUGAGAAAUGUUUUACACGGAAAUCACAUCUUGUUAGACAUCAGAGAACUCACACAGGUGAGAGGCCAUUUCUAUAUUCUGAGAAAUAAAUCAUCUCUUGUUGCACACAAUAAACAUCACUCAGGUGAGGAACCAUUUUAA